AAAUACUAUCGAAUCAAGAAAAAAAUCGAAAAAAAAGGGUGUCCGGUAAAGUAGAUUUAUACCAAAUAUAAUAAUCAAACAAAAUCUAAGAUUAAAUUCCGAUACAUUCAUUAAAAUUACAAUCAUUGUAAUAGUUACAAAUUAUUAAACCAGCUCGUCCAACUCAUACUUUUUUAAGCCGACAGAGGAAAAUUUUACUCGCUCUCUCAAUUCUGCCAAUGUUUUCAGCGGAGAAAAAGCAAUACCCUAAGAGCAUACUAUGGUAAGGAGCGUUGUCCAUCACAAUAACACAAGGCUCUUCCAAGUUCCAGGUGCCAUAAAAUGUCAUGAAAUCAGCUCCGGAAAACUGUGCUAUCCAUCUGAGGUAAAAUGGCACCAGAUGACUGUAUGCUAAAGUCAAUUGACAUCAAACCUGGAACUAAAAUUAUGAUGGUUGGUUCUAAAGAAGAAGAUAUUGCUGAAGCAAGUGUCGUUCCUCCUAAAAGGGAAAAAGGGCGUAAAUGUAAAAGCUGUGAUACAGAAGAAUUUGAUGAAGAACGAGUUGACAUGAUGGAGGUUCAUUUAGCUAAAGUACAAAAUAGGAUUGACAACUAUGAGAUAAAAAUGCUUAACGAACCUCGCCCAGGCAAAAAACUUUUGGUGCUCGACAUAGACUAUACGUUAUUUGAUCAUCGAUCGGUUGCAGAAAGUGGUUUAGAACUCAUGAGACCAUAUUUACAUCAUUUUUUAAAGUCAGCUUAUGAAAAUUAUGAUAUUGUAAUAUGGUCAGCAACAGAUAUGCGCUGGAUUGAGCGAAAAAUGAAUAUAUUAAAUGUAUCUAAUAAUGCGGCAUACAAUAUAAUAUUCUAUUUAGAUAAUGCUGCUAUGAUUACUGUACACACCCCUAAAUAUGGAGUUGUUUCUGUAAAACCAUUAGGUGUGAUAUGGGGAAAAUUUCCUAAUUUGUACAACAAGGAAAAUACUAUAAUGUUUGAUGAUAUUCGUCGAAAUUUCUUAAUGAAUCCAAAGAAUGGUUUAAAGAUUCGUCCAUUUAGGGAAGCUCAUUUAAAUUGGGAAAUGGAUAAAGAGUUACUACAUUUAGCUAAAUAUUUGGUGGAGAUUGCCAAGCUUGAUGAUUUCACGAAACUUAACCACAGAAAUUGGGAGAAAUAUAUUAGAAAAGCACGUAAAAAAGAAAAAAGGCAAAAAAAAGAAAGAUCUGAUCAAAAUGAACCUCAUCCACCUGAUACUCAGCCAAACUUGUGAUUUAAAUUUCAAAAAACAAAAAAAAAUUACCAAGUAUAAUAUUUAAUGUAUAUUAUCUAAAUAUAUUUGUUUUUUAAGUGCACAAAGAACUAAUUUGUACAGUUAAUUUUUUUUUUUUAAGUAUUAAAAUAAAUAUCAAUUACAUUUUAUACAGAAUGUUUAAGUUUAGAUUAUGUAUAUUGGAUAGUUAUUCUAGGUUACUAUAUUUUACUUACAACAUUUUAUUACAUUGACGAUAGUUUCAUUUUAAAAACU